UCCGCAAGUUACUGUUGUCACUGUAUUCACGGAAUGUUUACAUCAGAAUGGCUUCCCAAGGCGGUGGGGAGUGCUCAUGCUGCUCCCAUCAACGGGCAGUGCCUAGCACACACCAAACUUUAGAGGAGAUGGACUUUGAGAGAGGGAUUUGGUCUGCUGCUUUAGAUGGAGAUUUGGGCCGUGUGGAGUCAUUCCUCAAGAAGGGGACCGAUCCUAAUACAAAGGAUAAUGCAGGCUACACUUCCUUGCACUACGCAAGCCGCGGCGGCCACGAGUCCGUUUGCGAGCUGCUCCUUGGUCACGGGGCGUGCGCGAGCCCCCAGACCCGAGGCGGUGCCACGCCACUCCACCGGGCCGCCUACUGUGGGCAUCUGCCCGUGGUGAUGCUCCUGCUGAAGUUCCACGCAGACCCACAGAGGAGUGACGACGACGGCGCCACUCCUCUGCACAAGGCUGCUGAACAAGGUCAUGUGGAGGUGUGUGAGCUGCUGCUGAAGCAUUGUCCAGCCCUGCGGACACAAAGGGACAAGAAGUCACGUGCGCCUCAGCAUCUCGCGCUGGUAAACAGCCGCCUGCAACAGCUCCUUCAUAGCACAGCAAAUGAUGGGCCUCCCUCCGACUCGAGCGCUUGUGCCGGUACAUCCUGUACUGUGUACAUGCCAAUGGCAGAUCAGUCCCUGUAAUGGUACGGUCAUCAAAUGUUUCUGGGGAACAGAAUUGGAGUGCAAAAAUGAGCUCUGGUUCUCACAUCGCUCCAGUCGAGCCAAGCUUAGGAAAUACAGCAACAUUGUGUUUGUAGGAGAUGCCAUUCUUUGGGGUAGUGGAUGGGGUGGGGGGUUAUUUUGAAGUAAAUAUAUAGCAAAAGCAAGGAUGCCGUUUUUGGUUUAGUUCUAUUUCAAACAGGGUUUAAUUUGAGCUAAACUGUAGCAUCUGCAUAAAGUACUGGUCGAGCCAUUACCAUUCGUGUGGCUGUUUUCUCUGUCAUCCUACAGAGGGCGCUCUUCCCUUAGCCAUUGCUAAGGACAGCUGGCGCAUGUGCUCUUUGAGAAGAGAACAUCUCCAGGAAUCUCUGUGCUGUGUGGAGACCUGGGUGUGCAGACUGAAUAACCAUUGAAGCAAAGCCUUGACUACCAGGACAGGCAUCUGUAAUGUGCAGCCAAGCGCCAGAACAUGUCUCUGUGAAAGAGAUGUUCUCAGGCCCUGUUCAACACAACAUGUUCGGAAGUUUAUGUGUGAUCUGGUGCAAGGGCCUUAAUGUUUUGUUUUGAAGGGCUUGCAGUAAAUCUGGUGUGCAGCGACGAAGGUCUGUACGGCGAUAAUGAGUUAGGGAGAGUUUUGGCACAGUUGCAUUACUACAUUUUUUGAAUGUUUGGGGGGGGGGGGGGGGACUGAUAAGAUUCGUGCACUUACUGUGCCUUGCUAAAUAUUGUAAAAUCCACUGGAAACUUCUGUGUUUCAGUUUCAGUACGGAAACACAGCAGGGGGAUAUCAUUAUACAUAGAUGUGUUGUUUUGUAGCUAUUCAUCUCAGGAAAUUAAGAUUUGGUGAGCAACAGAAGUGAAUCUGAUUCACUGGAGUUUCUCACCAAGUAGUGAGGAGUUUGCAAGCUGGGAUGGUUGUUCGUUCUUGGUUUACAACAUUUUUGAGCGAGCUCCAGUAACGCUCUCCAGUGGAACUGUAAUUGUAUCUAUCACAGCUGUGUCUCUCGAGAUGGGCCGUGGGGAGAGUUAGUUGCCGGUGCUGUUAUUUUCAUGCUAACUCUACACAGCUGCUCCAGUGAGCGUAGGCCUGUACCUGACCAGUUGCUGGCCUCCCUGGCCCUGCACGUCCAACCUUGAGUCGGUAUGUCUUCUUUACUGAGGUCCUGUCUGCCUCAGCAAGAGCUGAAAACAUUUGGCAGUCCAAUGGCGUGUCUUGGAAGUGGACACAGGCCAGUUUCGACAGGGACUGCCUGCAUAGGAGGGUCGAACUCUUGUUGGUGGGUCGUAGCUGAUGUCUCAUCUAUUAUACUGUAGGUUAGUAGCUAGAAUGGAAGGUCAUUGAAAGGUGAAGUUUUGAGAAACGCUUUCAGUUUCAAUAACUUUUCGAUGAACUUGCCUCCCAUAUAUUAACACCAGCCACUGGUGUGGACAGUCUGAGGGAGAGCAAAGUAGACAUAUGGAAUACAGAAAGUAUACAUAAUAUCUAUACAUAUACGUAUACUGGACAUCUAAAACCUACAGUAUAGUCAGUCAUUCAAUUCUUAUUUAUUUAUGAUUGCUUUGACUGAUGUAAAUCGUGCCAAAUAGAACAUUAUAUCAUGAGCUGUAUAAAAUGUGCAAAAUACAAAUGACCCACAUUGACUGUCCACUGUCUUAAAAAGUUGUUACAAUAACAGAUUGUGCAGACAAUGUUGUAAUUACAUGAACAUGUUUCAGUUGAGAGGACACAUUUCCCAUGGGCAGGGGAUGACAUAUGUAACCUUGUCUGGGAGAUACUGCCCUGUUUUUACAGUGAAUGUGCUGUCUUGGCUGUAUUCGCAGCACACUGUGCACAGCUUGGGCCACGGUGAAAACCAGCUAUAAGGCUUCCUCAAUUGGGUGAGUUCUCCUGGAGGCGGUCUCAAACGGGCAACCUCGACACAUGCGCUCAAUAACUCAGUUUGCAUCACCUUGGCGUCGUGGAGAUGCAGCACGCACAUACAUCAUGUGUGUCCUCAGCUGUCGGGAGCAGUGAGCCCGAGACGUUCCUCACUCCCAGUGUUGAUUGGCCAUAAUAAAUCCUUGUUGCCAGUGCAAGAGGGGGAUGAUUGUGAUUGUGUCACCCGCACUGAAUGUGCUCAUUUUCAACCAGGCACGAAUGCAGAGACCUCUCAGACCAACGGUGCAAAAUUGGAGGGGGGAGGAAGGAAGGAAACAGCUCUUUCUAAUGCUAAGCAAACCAGCGCUGAAGUGGGUGAGAGCCUUUUGACGUCACGUCGGUGUGUGUGCGCCACUGCGCAUUUGUCUAAGUAAAUGACAAACAAAUGUCAUUUCAUAUCUCCUUGUGCUGUGCAGCCACAGGGCCGUGAGGAAUGCAAGGCCUGGCAAAACGCAAGCACUAAUCAAUUAUGCGCUGGUUGUUGGGAGGUUUAUGGGAUGCUGUCAGUUGCCUGCCAGACAGGGCUGCAUCAUCCGUGGCCUGUCACGGUCGUGAUGUGAGGCGGAUCAAUCCCAGGCAGUGGAGCUUGUGUCUCUCUGUGCCUGGGAUUGGCUUGCUGGGAAAUCACGAUUGGCCCCUGUGGUUUUCCCACUUGCCACCCAUUGCAGAUUUUUUUCAGUCGGAUCUGUUAACUUGCUGAUUGUUUUCCCUGGGAAAUGUUUUUUUGUCGCUGUUGUUGUUGUUGCUAUUUUGUCAGUGACAAAAAUAAAUGUCAUUCACUUAUAUAA